AUGGCAGGGAAGGAAGAUUUCCGCAUAUUCGUGGGAGGGUUGUCGUGGGACGUCACGGAGCGUCAGCUGGAGAGCGCUUUCCAGCGUUUCGGCAAAGUCCAUGAAGCUCAGAUCAUGAUGGAAAGAGAUACAAAUCGUCCUCGGGGUUUUGGGUUUAUUACAUUUGGAGAUCGGCGAGCAAUGGAAGAUGCAAUCCGGGAGAUGCAUGGGCGGGAGCUUGGUGAUCGCAUCAUCUCUGUGAACAAAGCUCAACCGAAAAUGGGAGGGGGAGGGGAGGAUUCAGACCAUGGCUAUAGAGGAGGCUACUCGACUGGUGGCAGGAGAAACUAUGGGGGAGGAGAUAGACCUGUAGGGCAAGAUGAAUGUUUCAAGUGUGGGCGACCAGGACAUUGGGCCCGAGAUUGCCCUUCAGCUGGUGGUGGAAGAGGUGGAGGUUCUUUCUCAUCCCAUUCUAGGUUUGGGGCUGGUGGCCGUGGGGAUCGCUUUGGUGGAGACCGUGAUCGCUAUGUGGAUGACCGUUAUGAUGGAGGGCGUUAUGGAGAGAGGGACCGUUUUGACAGCAGGGAGGAGAAGUAUGGGAGCCGUGAUCGCUAUGUUAGUGACAGGUAUCCGGCUGGUGAUCGUUUUGCAAGUGAUAGAUAUGGUGGUUCUGAUCGUUAUCCUCAAAAUGGUUAUGGCAAAGAUAGAGGCUAUGAUAGGGAUGCAAGAGGUGGAAGCGACAGAUAUGGAAGUGGAGGGCCAGCAAGAGAUGAGGGAGGAAAUUACAGAAGCAGGGCAGGUCCUUACGAUCGCCCCAGCAGGGGAGGGCGCCCAUCUUCCUUUGACCGCUACUAA